GAACAAACAAAAAAACAGACCUCUCGUGAAAGUAAUUAUAACGCUCAGAGAGAGAGUUUAGUUUCCAUCAAUCAAUUAAUCUAUGGAGAUGGAAUAUCAGCACAUUUUGGAAGGAAUUCUAGCUUUUGUAUUGGGGUUUGUUCUGUUUUCCAUUUUCAGAGCAAAGAAGAGGACCAAGAUUGAUGUUCAUCGCAAGAAAACUUCCAUCAAUAACACCCGUGAAAAUGGCAUGUGGAGGCCGGAGGUCGGAGGGACAACCACCGAUGUAAUCGUCGUUGGUGCCGGCGUCGCUGGUUCUGCUCUUGCUUACACUCUUGCCAAGGAAGGUCGCAGAGUUCAUGUGAUUGAGAGGGACUUAAACGAACCUGAUCGUAUUGUCGGUGAGCUGCUACAACCAGGCGGAUAUUUGAAGUUAAUCGAAUUGGGUCUUGAAGAUUGUGUGAAUGAAAUCGAUGCUCAACGCGUGUCGGGAUACGCUCUCUACAAGGAUGGGAAGAGUACUAAACUGCCAUAUCCCCUGCAAAGUUUCAGUUCUGAUGUGGCUGGAAGAAGCUUUCACAACGGUCGAUUCAUCCAGAGAAUGAGAGAAAAGGCUGCAUCUUUGUCCAAUGUGAGACUAGAGCAAGGCACAGUAACAUCUCUGAUUGAAGAGAGAGGGAUUAUUAAAGGAGUUGUAUACAAAUCCAAGACUGGCCAGGAGCUGACAGUAUCCGCUCCCCUUACGAUAGUCUGCGAUGGGUGCUUCUCGAAUUUACGACGAUCUCUCUGCCAUCCCAAGGUUGAUGUCCCUUCUUGCUUUGUUGGUUUGAUUUUGGAGAACUGUGAAAUCCCAUUUGCGAAUCACGGACAUGUAGUUCUGGCCGAUCCUUCUCCCAUCUUGUUUUACCAGAUAAGUAGUACUGAGAUUCGUUGUUUGGUCGACAUACCUGGCCAGAAAGUACCUUCAGUUUCUAAUGGCGAAAUGGCUCAUUAUCUGAAAACUAUGGUCGCUCCCCAGGUUCCGCGAGAACUUUACGAUGCAUUUUUACGCGCAAUUGAGAAAGGAAACAUAAGAACAAUGCCUAACAGAAGCAUGCCUGCCUCACCCUAUUCAACUCCAGGUGCACUUCUGAUAGGAGACGCGUUCAACAUGCGCCAUCCUCUAACGGGAGGAGGUAUGACGGUGGCACUCUCCGAUAUCGUUGUACUGAGAGACCUUCUAAGACCUCUAGAUGAUUUAAACGAUUCAGCUUCACUUUGCAAGUAUCUUGAGUCCUUCUACACAUUGCGCAAGCCCGUGGCGUCGACAAUAAACACACUUGCAGGUGCUUUGUACAAAGUCUUCAGUGCAUCACCUGAUCCGGCAAGAAAAGAAAUGCGACAAGCCUGUUUCGACUACUUGAGCCUAGGAGGUGUUUUCACCAACGGACCAAUAUCUCUCCUUUCUGGCCUAAACCCGCGUCCAUUAAUCUUGGUGCUACAUUUCUUUGCGGUGGCAAUCUAUGGCGUUGGACGCUUAUUUCUUCCAUUCCCAUCGCCAUAUCGAGUGUGGAUCGGUGCCAGACUGAUCUCGGGUGCAUCAGGGAUCAUUUUUCCGAUAAUAAAAGCCGAAGGAGUUAGACAAAUGUUCUUCCCUGCAACAGUUCCAGCAUAUUACAGAGCCCCACCUGUUCAUAAACAACUCUGAAGAAUUGGAGGUUGAGUAGUAGUCAUUUUGUUUGGAUUCUUAUGUAAGGAAAAAAAAAGAUGUCCCUUGAAAUGUGGAAUACCAGUCUGAAAUAGACAAUUGAGAGAUCAUGACGUUUACUUUUGAUUUUGU